GGCGGCGGUGACAGCACGGCCACGGCAGCGGGAGGGGCGGCGGCGCCCCGCGCACAUCACUUCCUCGGCGCCUCCCGCGGUGGAGGACGGGCGGGCAGACGGAGGGACGGACACAGUGCGGACGCAGGACCGGCGGCGGCGCGGGGGCGCUCCUGGCUCUUGCGCGUCCCCGACCUAUGGCGGGCUCGGCCCCACCCGCGGCCGACGAGCUCCCGGGCCCGGCCACCAGGCGCCUCCACUCCAGGAUGGAGGCAUCAUGUCUGGAGCUGGCGCUGGAGGGUGAGCGUCUCUGCAAGGCUGGUGACUUCAAGGCAGGUGUGGCCUUCUUCGAGGCCGCAGUGCAGGUGGGGACCGAGGAUCUGAAGACGCUGAGUGCCAUAUACAGCCAGCUGGGCAACGCCUACUUCUACCUGAAGGAGUAUGCCCGGGCACUACAGUUCCACAAACACGACCUGCUGCUGGCCCGGACCAUCGGUGACCGCAUGGGGGAAGCCAAGGCCAGUGGGAAUCUGGGCAACACACUCAAGGUCCUGGGCCGAUUCGACGAGGCUGUGGUCUGCUGCCAGCGGCACCUGGACAUCGCCCAGGAGCAGGGGGACAAGGUCGGGGAGGCCAGGGCUCUCUACAACAUCGGCAACGUGUAUCAUGCCAAGGGCAAGCAUCUGUCCUGGAGCGCUGCACAGGACCCCGGGCACCUGCCGCCUGACGUGCGAGAGACACUGGGCCGGGCCUCUGAGUUCUACGAGAGGAACCUGUCUCUGGUGAAGGAGCUGGGCGACAGGGCGGCCCAGGGCAGGGCCUACGGAAACCUGGGCAACACCCACUACCUGCUGGGGAACUUCACAGAGGCCACAGCCUUCCACAAGGAGCGCCUGGCCAUUGCUAAGGAGUUUGGAGACAAGGCGGCCGAGAGGAGGGCCUACAGCAACCUGGGCAACGCCCACAUCUUCCUGGGGCGCUUCGAUGUGGCUGCUGAGUACUACAAGAAGACGCUGCAGCUGUCACGGCAACUCCGAGACCAGGCGGUGGAGGCACAGGCCUGCUACAGUCUGGGCAACACCUACACGCUGCUGCAGGACUACGAGCGUGCCGCUGAGUACCACCUGCGCCACUUGCUCAUUGCCCAGGAGCUGGCCGACAGAGUGGGCGAGGGCCGGGCAUGUUGGAGUCUGGGAAACGCCUAUGUGUCCAUGGGGAGCCCAGCGCAGGCCCUGACCUUUGCCAAGAAGCACCUGCAAAUCUCCCAGGAGAUCGGGGACCGCAACGGGGAACUCACGGCCCGCAUGAACGUCGCACAGCUGCAGCUGGCACUCGGCCGCCUGACCAGCCCAGCAGCUGCAGAAAAGCCUGACCUGGCAGGCUACGAGGCCCAGGGGGCUAGACCCAAGAGGACACAGAGGCUGAGUGCAGAGACCUGGGACCUGCUGAGGCUCCCCCUGGAGCGGGAGCAGAAUGGAGACAGCCACCAUGCAGGGGACUGGCGGGGGCCCAGCAGGGACUCGCUCCCCCUCCCCAUGAGAAGCAGGAAGUACCAGGAAGGUCCUGACACCACUGAGAGGAGGCCCCAGGAGGGCAGCCACUCCCCGCUGGACAGCGCAGAUGUCCGGGUUCAGGUACCUCGCACGAGCAUCCCACGGGCCCCAUCUUCGGAUGAGGAGGGCUUCUUUGAUCUGCUGAGCAGGUUCCAGAGCAGCCGCAUGGACGACCAGCGCUGCCCCCUGGACGAGGGGCAAGCCGGGGCUGCUGAGGGCCUAGGGGACAGGACCGCUCCACCCACGGUGACAGCCUCCCCCCAAACCGAAGAGUUCUUCGACCUCAUCGCCAGUUCCCAGAGCCGCCGGCUGGACGACCAGCGGGCCAGUGUGGGCAGCCUGCCUGGGCUGCGCAUCACACACAACAACGUAGGGCACCUCCGUGGUGACGGGGACCCGCAGGAGCCCGGGGACGAGUUCUUCAACAUGCUCAUCAAGUACCAGUCCUCCAGGAUUGAUGACCAGCGCUGCCCCCCACCUGACGUGCUCCCCCGAGGUCCUACGAUGCCAGAUGAGGACUUCUUCAGCCUCAUCCAGAGGGUGCAGGCCAAGCGCAUGGACGAGCAGAGGGUGGACCUUGCCGUGAGCCCGGAGCAGGAGGCGGGUGGGCCACCCGUGACCCCACAGCAGUGCCAGCCUGGUGCCAGCUAA